GCGCCGGAAGCGGAAGUAGUUCGGGCCCGUCGGGCCUGCCCCUCGCUGAGGGAGCCCGGCGGGAAAGGGCGGGGUUGGUUUGAACCGUUGGCUGCCUUUCGGCUGGUCUCCUGGCAGCCGCGCCGGUUCCCCGACUCUCCUCGGAGCCCCGUUUCUCGGGGUCGCGUCGUUCAGCCCCACUGAAAUAAGGGGGAGAGAGGGAGGCGCAGGUUUGCGAGGCCUGUGGGGGGGGGGGUUAGGACACUCCCUCAGUUCACUGCACCCACCGCAGCCCCACUUCUGUGGCAUCUCCUUGAAGCCUCGCCCUUGUGUGGGGAGGGGAAGUGGGGUUGUGCCAACCCCCCCUCUCUUUCUCUGCCAGGGGGCGAACCUUUGCCCAAAGCCUCGACGUCGUGGACUGCGCGAGUUAUCCUUUUAAACACAUCUAUAUUCCGAUUGUUGAAUGAGCAGAAUGAGUGGUGAAGAAGAAACUUGGGAGAAACUGGAUUCAGAAUUUGAUCACUAUGUUGUGGAUAUGAAGCCUUAUGUUUUGAAACUGCCUCACAAAUCAGAACGUCAGAGAUGUGCCCUUUGGAUCAAAAAGCUUUGUGAGCCUUCAGGUGCGGGCGCAGGUACUGUUGGUAGGAAGAACCGGAACUUGUAUGGAAAGCUGCUUCUGCAUAUGCUGAAGAGAGGAGUGCUGGAGGGUCCCUUUACACAGAAACCAGAAACAGGAACACUGAAAACUCUUCCUUCAUACAUGUCUAUCUACUUUGAUGAACCAAAUUCAGCAAGAGUGUGGAGCAGCAGCCCAGAAGGUUUACCUGAUUGGGUCAUGGGAGAGCUGGGGCAAAGUGAUUCUAAAAUGGAUGAAUCCUGGAAGGUAUCUUUUAGAGAGGAGUCUGCUCUGGUAACCUCACCCCUUGGACACAGGGAACAAUAUACAUAUAAUGGGAAGCGAGCACUAAAGUCCCGUUCUAUGAGUCCACUUCAUCUGCCAGAAGAGAACAACUUUACCUCAAAGACACCAGAGGAUCGUCACACACACAAAAUGUCUUUGGAUGACAGUGACCUUGAAGCUCGUCUCAACAGUUGGAAUCUUGGGCUUGAAAACCCCAGAUAUUUACGUGAGAAACCUAUACCAUUUUCACUGAUGUCACCCAGGAUAGGUAUGAGGAAGCACAAUACUUCUCAAGAGGAACAGGCAUUUUCCCGCAUGUUUGAAAAGGAGCUGGAGAUGAAAUCCAAACUAAUGGAAGCUAGAAUUCAAGAAGAAAAGCUUAAAUUACAGCAGAAGCACGAUGGAGAUGUUCAGAAGAUUUUGGACAGAAAGAAUAAUGAAACUGAGGUACUGAAGACCUUGUACAAAACUAAGCAGAGUGAAGCUGAAGAGACCAUUCGAAAGCUUGAAAAAAAAGUUCAGACGCUUGUCCGUGAGUCACAAGUUGUUAGAGAAGCAAAGGAAAAGCAAAUUGCAGAACUAAAGAAGUUGUGUGAGCAAAGUACAGAUUCCUUGAACAAUGAAUGGGAGAAAAGGCUCCAUAAUGCCAUGGCUGAAAUGGAAAAGGAGAAGUUUGACCUUCAGAAAAAACACACGGAAAACAUCCAGGAACUGCUGGAGGAUACAAACGCACGACUAAGUAAAAUGGAAGCAGAAUACUUGGCACAAAACAAAUCAACUAACCAGAUGGUCAAAGAGCUGGAGGCCCGUGUCCACCAGUUGACUGUGGAAGCAGAAUCCAGUAAUUUGCAGCAUCAGAAGUUAUCUCAAGAAAAGACCAGUCUUGAGCAAGCCUACCAGGCUGUGUGCACAGAACUCGAAGAAGUCAAGGCAAGAUGCAACUCACUUCAGAAAGAAAAGGGGCGCAUUGUACAAGACUUUGAGCAGAACAUUCAGACUCUACAAAGCAAAUAUGAUGAUGACAUAGAUUUGUUGAAACAGGAACAUGCUCUUUCUGCAGUGAAAGCAUCUGAUGUGAUUGAAGAAUUAGAACAGUGUGUGUCGCAAUUAAAACAACAGUUACUGGAAUCAGAACAUCAAAGGCAGCAACAGCUGAGGGAUCAAGAACAGACAUAUAUGCAGGAGAAACUUCAUUUAGAGAGAGAUCUUGAAAAGAAGAUGCAUGGAUUGCAGAAUGACUUUGAGAAGGAGAGAAAGGAUUCUCAUAGGAGAAUACGAAAAAUGGAAGACAUGCUGAGGGAGAAGGAGGAGCAGCUGAGUCGGGCGAUGGAGGUACAGAGGCUGCAUGCCCAGCAGGCUGAUGCUGCCCUGGAGGAGUUUAAGCGGCAGGUGGAGCUGAACUCAGAAAAAGUCUAUGCUGAAAUGAAAGAGCAGAUGGAAAGAGUGGAAGCAGAUCUAAGCAGAUCAAAAUCUCUCCGUGAAAAGCAGUCAAAAGAAUUCUCCUGGCAGCUUGAAGAGCUCAAGCAAAGAUAUGAGCAACAGAUAGUAGAGCUGAAGCUGGAGCAUGAACAGGAGAAGACGCACCUAUUCCAGCAGAAUAACACAGAAAAGGAUUGCCUGGUCCGAGAACAUGAACGGCAAAUUGAGAAACUGGAAAAACAGCUUCGGGCUGCCAUGACAGAGUACGACAAUAAAACCCAAGAAUGCAGGAAGCGAGAUGUACAGAUCAUCUCUGAUAUGGAAGCCCAGAUCCACACACUGCGAGAAGAGCUCAUUCAAGUGAAUACACAGAGAAAACAGCAGCUAGUUGAACUUAGCCUUCUUAGAGAAGAAGAAAAACAAAAAACUCUUCGGGAUCAUGAGACUGCCAUGAACAAGCUGAAAGUUGAGUCAGAAAAGAUGAUUCUAGAUCUGCAAAAGUCUAAUGCCACAGAAAUGGAGAUGGCGCUCGAAAAGGCCAACAGCAGGUUGAAGCAGAUUGAAAAGGAAUACAGUCAGAAGUUUGCCAAAUCUUCACAGGAGCUAUAGCAAGAAAAGAGACCCUUGGGAGGAAUUCUGCCUAAAGACUGCUAAUACUCCUAACUCCAAAACUUGGCGUGAAAAUGGCACAGCAAUAAGAACCUAACUUGGCUGAACUGGCAGCCUGUAGGACUGACUUAAUGAUCCACAAGCAGGAACUUCUCUAGCUUUCUGCUGAAACAGCUGGCUGGAGUCCUUCCUGGGCAGCAGAUUUUCAUCAACCCUUUUUUUUUGGGGGGGGAGCAAAUCCACUGACUGGGAAGAAUAUCAGUCUGUCAUUGUAAGCAGCGGGUCUUGUUCUGGGGAACUGGGCAGUGUUAUUGGUGAUAUCUGUUCAGAAAUAUUUCAGCAAAGCAAGUUCCUCCAAGACGUGGAAAUGGAGCACCUACUGAGAGCCAAAAAGCAAGGUCCAAAUAAUUUUAUAAAUAAAUUCAUCAGUGACUGCACCAAGGAUGGGAUUCAAACUGUACAAGCAGUUUCUAUACAUAUCCUGGAGAACGAGUGGACAUAUUCUUAGCCUGUGUGUUUCUAUUUUCUUUUAAUCUGAGGAGGCUGUUGUAAGGGUUUGUACACGUAUCACAGCCUUUUAGGUCACAUUAUUGGCACAGAGACCAAAUUAAAAUACUGGACUUCAUCUUUAAUUCUGAAUGUCUUCACUUCUUGUGGGAUUUGCAUCAGCCUCACACUGUCAUUUGAACAAAGUUUUCGUAAUGUAAUGUUAAUAAUAGGUCACUUGUAACUUUCAUGUGGUCGGGCUGCUGACAACAUCAGCCUAAUCUAACACUCUCUGGCCUCUUGGAACAUUUGCUUUUUAACACCCACACACGAAAAAUAGAUUCCAAGAAAUUCUCUCUGAAGUUUGGGCAAAAUAAACAAUUACAUUUUUCUCCCCUGAGAUUUACUGCCCAAAGCAUUUCCUUGUCUAUCCGCUGCUUUCAAAAAUUUCUUAAUACAUUAUUAAAACAUCACAGCUUUUUAACCCAGAAGAACCUUAGAGUCCCAUCCAGGUAUUCUCACCCUGUGUUCUCUCUGCAAUUUUAUCUUAAUUAAGCGAAUAAUUUAAAAUUACUUGAGCUGGAUUCUUUAACGUAUGUUUCCAUGGACUCUUUUGGUGGGAUUGGGUGUGCUUUUUUAGAGCAUCCCAACUUCACAAGCCAAAUGACUAGUCUAAUGUUGUAUACAUCUACACUGUUGAAUUAGUGAUUUAGUCCCAGAACAUUGGGUAAGUAGGUAGAUGCACAUACACAUUUUUUUUCUGCUCAA